GAAAGCUGCAAAAUUGAGGGGACCUCGGCUCCCGAGUAGUCAAGGUCUGGAGGAGGAUUCCUUUCCUACACUCCUAUCCGUCUCCCUCACCACCGCCGCCGCAAUUUGCUGUGCUUCAUCGCCGGCGACCUCAUCUCAGGCGACGGUACACAGCAAACCAGGUGGGCCUCCUUCCGCCGAAGCCUUCCCUCGUCGAGAGGGACCCCCUCUUCCUCCUCUUCCCGGCCCUCUACUGGCCUCAUUUUCGCACGUUUGCAAUUGCUAGUGAUUUUUCACUGGAUGUGCACCCCUCUAUCUUCACCUGCUAAAUCUUAGGUGACAUGCGUUGCCAAUAUGUCAAGCUCUAAUCAAAUGGGUUCUGAUGGCAAGUUUGGGAGAGGUCCUCAGGAGCUUAGUGGUGCUGUUGACUUAAUUAGCCGCUACAAGCUGCUGAACCAUCAUAGUUUCUUUUGCAAGAAACCUUUGCCAUUGGCGAUUUCAGAUACAAAUUAUCUUAACAAUGUUGUGGGCGACACAGAAAUUCGUAAAGGAGAAGGGAUGGAACUAGAUCAACUCUUUCAGAACUCAUACCGAAGUGAGAAGACUGCUUACAUUCAACCCUUUGACAUGGAAACACUAGGACAAGCAUUUCAGCUGCGAGAAAUGGCACCAGUUGAUUUGCCUUCGGCUGAAAAAGGUACACCAACUAUAUCUGGAAAACCAAAGAUCAAGUCCAAGGACAAAGUAAGGAAGCAUAAGAAACACAAAGAGAAAGACAGGGACAAAGAGAAGGAGCAAAAGAAGCACAAACAUCGCCAUAAAGAUCGGAGUAAAGAUAAAGAGAAAGAUAAGGAUAAAGACAAAGAAAAGAAAAAAGAUAAGAGUGGGAAUCAUGAUUCGGGAGGUGAUCAUUCCAAGAAACACGAGAAGAAGAGGAAGCAAGAGGGAGUUGGAAAUUUGGCAAAUGUCCAGAACCAAAAGAAAACACAAAAGCACAAAAAUCAGUGAAAUGUGCUAUGGACUUCAUCAAUUGCCAGAUAUGACAUAUGUUUCCGACUUUCUGUGUUAGUUCACUCCAUGUUGUAUGCUGUUAAUGAGUGGCUCUGAAAUUUUUUCAAUACCACUUCUGGCAGAGUUACUACAGAUGGAAAGUUCUAUACUAAGCUGCUCCAGACGAAACAAGAUACACGUUAUGAUGGAAUACCAUAUGUAUAUUGUUCCUUGGGUAGCUUGAACUCUUCGUACGGAUCUAUAAAUUAUUUUCUCAUCGUUUCAGCUUAACUCCAUUAGCAAUUAUUCAGUAGUGCCAUGUAUGAUCCUGUGAUUCAAACUCGGACAGACCUGGGUGGCCUCUUGUCAAGCCACAAUGUGACUGUACAACAUAAAAGGCAAAGGCCCCGUUUGGAUGGUCGGAGUGGUUCUGAUUUA